AUGGCGGCCCCCAUCACAAACGGAGGGCUUCCUAGUCCCGAUGUCGUGGAAGUGUUGCGACCGCUGGAAAUGGGUCUGGUGGCCACGGUGUUUUUCUGCAGAAGGAAACCCGAGAGAAGGACAGUUAGGGUAAAACUAGAGACGAGACAGCUGAUGUGGAUCAAAAGUCAGGGUAGUCGACCAGAAGGCGCAGUAACUCUGCGGGAGGUGAAAGAAAUUCGCUCAGGGAAAAACUCACGAGACUUUGAAAAGUGGCCUGAGGAAUCUCGCAAGGUGGAAAGUAAACUGUGCUUCACGGUGUUUUACGGCAGUGAUUUCAAACUAAAGACUCUGUCAGUUGUCGCGAACAGUGUGGAUGAGUACAACAUCUGGAUGAAGGGGCUGGAGUACCUGGUUCAGGAUACAAAAGAUGCUUCCUAUCAGCUGCAGCUAGAAAGAUGGCUCAGAAAAGAAUUUUACUUGAUGGAGAAAGUCAGCUUGGAAAUCGUCACGUUGAAGAGUCUGAAAGCCUGGCUGCCCAGAAUCAACUAUAAGAUGUCCACCAACAAACUGAGAGAAAGAUUCCAGGAGGUGGACACCAGUGGAAGAGGGGAAAUUGUCUUUGAGCAGUUCUCUGCUCUCUACCACAAGUUGGUCAAUGUGAAAAGUAUAAUAACAGAUAAUUUUGAAAAUUACUUUGAAACAGUUGGUGAUGAAAGGAGAAUGGGUGUCCAAAGAUUUCAGCAAUUUCUUCUCAAUGAACAAAAGGAUCAAACUGCUCAUGACUUGACUGUUGUUCGGAACAUAAUGAUGAGGUUCCUAGAUGAGAUGGUGCGAGCUGCUGGGGGUCUGUACUUCACAGAAUACGAGUUCGAGGAGUACCUGUUUUCACCACAUAACACUGUGUGGGAUGUCUCCAAGGAUUUGAUUUCACAAGACAUGAAUCAGCCACUGUCCAAAUACUGGAUUGCUUCCUCACAUAACACAUAUCUAACUGGUGACCAGUUGUCCAGUGAGUCAUCGGUAGAAGCGUAUGCCCGGUGUUUGAGGAUGGGAUGCAGGUCACUCGAGUUGGACUGCUGGGAUGGCCCAGAUGCUCACCCAUACAUCUAUCAUGGCCACACACUCACUUCCAAGAUCAAAUUCCUUGAUGUUCUGAAGAUCAUCAAAGAACAUGCAUGGGUUGCAUCAGAGUAUCCACUGAUAUUGUCUAUAGAAAACCACUGUAGUUUAGGGCAGCAAAGAAAUAUGGCCAUGGCUUUCCGAGAAAUAUUUGGUGAUAAUUUAUUGGUAGAACCAGUCUGCAAGGAUGCAAAUUCACUACCGUCCCCUUCACAGCUGAAAUACAAAAUAAUAUUAAAGCAUAAAAAGCUGCCGGAAUGGGUGGAUGGCAAUGAGUGGAAGUACACAGUGUCCAGUGAAGACAGUUAUGCGGAUGGUGAUUUGAGUUCUUCUGUGAAGAAUGGAAUGAUGUACCUUGAGGAUCCUGUAGACCAUUCAUGGCAUCCCCAUUUCUUUGUGCUGAAUGAGCAGAAACUGUUCUACACCGAGGAGACUCACAUGGAGGAGGAGGAAAAUGAGGAAGAAGAAGACACCGGUGCCCUCGAGGGUCGGCCAACUGAUGAGCUGCACUUCAGUGAAAAGUGGUUUCACGGUCGACUGGAGGGGGGUCGGCGCCGUGCAGAGGAGCUGCUCACUCAGUACAGUUACCUUGGCGACGGCACGUUCCUCGUCAGGGAGAGUGAUACGUUUGUUGGGGACUUUUCUCUGUCUUUCUGGCGGCAGGGAAAGGUGAACCACUGUCGAAUCCGGUCGCGGCAGGAGCGCGGGCAGGUGAAGUAUUACCUGAUCGACCCAAUCACGUUCGACAGUCUGUACAGCCUGAUCACGCACUACCGGCAGGCUCCUCUCCGCAGUUCCGACUUCACCAUGAUACUCAAGGAACCCGUGCCACAGCCACAGAGUCACGAGGGGAAAGAGUGGUACCAUGAAGGCAUGAGUCGGGUAAUGGCCGAAGACAUGUUGAAGCGGAUCCCGUACGAUGGGGCCUACCUUGUGCGCCACAGUGGAACAGACCAGUAUUCAUACGCCAUAUCUUUCAGGGCUGAGGGUAAAAUUAAGCACUGCCGCAUCAAACAGGAAGGUCGGUUGUUCCUGAUAGGAAAUGCUCAGUUCGAAAGUCUGGUCGAACUCGUCAACUAUUAUGAAAGAAAUGCUCUCUAUAAGAAGAUGAAGCUAAAGUAUGCUGUCAAUCAACAGGUUGUGGAACGACUUAAUAUGGCUCCUGAUGAAACGGGAAUAUAUGGUAGUCUUGAUCUCUACAUUAAUCCCAAUGAUUUCACAACAAAGCUGCGAGUCAAAGCUCUACAUGAAUACUCCCCUAACAGAUCCGAUGAACUGGCCUUCCUGAAGGGAGCCAUCAUCACAAACGUUACCAAGCAGGACGGUGGCUGGUGGCGUGGUGACUAUGGCAACAAGAAGCAGCACUGGUUUCCGUCAAACUUUGUUGAGGAGAUGGACUCCCCGUCAGAGGUGUUUUCAUCCGAGUCCACCCCCCUUGGAUCUCUACAACAGGGUUCCAUCGACGUGCAUGGCUGUCAGACAGAAUUGAGCAUGGGCCGAUCAGGACAACCAUAUGCUUUCAAAAUCUUCAGUCGCAGUCAGAGUCUGCCACUAGAGGUCGCCUGCGAGUCAGAGGCCGACAUGAAGGAUUGGGUGGAGAAGAUCGCUCAGUGUUCUACAAGUGCCGUACAGCGGAUGGUAAAAAUCUCUUCUAAGAUUGACUUAGAAAAAAUGACGUCUGAACAGCGCAUGUUGGAGAGAACGAUGCGGAUAGCCCGAGAAUUCUCCGACCUCAUUGUCUACUGUCGAGCUGUUCCCUUCAUACCAGAAGAGAUUCCUGGCUUCUAUUAUGAGAUGUCCUCCUUCCCAGAAACAAAAGUUGAAAAAUGGGUCAACAGAGGAAAGGCAAAAUUCUUUGCACAAUACCACAGGAAGCAGUUGAGUCGAGUCUACCCAAAAGGUCCUCGUGUAGAUUCGUCUAACUACGACCCAGUGCCGAUAUGGAACUGUGGAUCUCAGCUGUUAGCAAUGAAUUACCAGACGCCUGACCGACCCAUGCAGAUCUACCAGGGACGCUUCUUGACAAACGGAAGAUGUGGUUUUGUCUUACAACCCACUCUGAUGCACACAGACCUGUACAACCCGUAUGAGAAGAAGUUUUUGUCACAGAUCGGAGUGGAGCCAGUCACACUGACCAUCAAUAUUAUUGGUGCGCGACACAUAGUGAAGUCUGGCCGAGGUAUAGCCAGUCCGUUUGUGGAGAUCGAGAUCGUGGGAAUGGAGUGUGACAACCAGAAGUUCAAGACAGGCACCAAGGUGGAUAACGGCCUGAACCCAGUGUGGAAUGACUGCUGUGUCUUCGAUGUCCUCUGUCCCGAGAUCGCACUCAUUCGAUUUGCCGUCAUGGACGAAGAUAUCUUUGGUGAUCCCAACUUUCUGGGACACGCUACUUUCUCAGUUCAGAACAUUAGACCAGGUUUCAGAAGUGUUCCUCUGAAGAACGGGCUGAGUGAAGAUCUCGAACUGGCCUCUCUGUUAGUCUUCCUCGACAUGACUAACCCCAAGGAGGGAGAGGAAAGUGACAUUUAUGCGUCAAUACAAGAGCUGCGAGAUGAGUCUGAUGCACUGUCGGCUCGGAUCAAUGAGUUGGAGGAAUGUGGGGACCGGGAGACGGCCAACAUUCAGCGCCUCCAGCUGGAGGAGGUUCAGGAGCAACUGCUCGCCAAACACAAGGAGAGGAACAGUCGCAAAAAUGUACCUCGACAACAAAUUGUAUACCGCCGACAGUCAAACAACUGAACUGUGGUGCACUUUGAAAAUGGAGGAACCUGCCUGUGAUAUUGUGGAAUACUGGACAUUUCUGAAGGUGUCGUAUGUCAGUCUUAAUACACUGUGUGGAUACUGCCAUACUGGACAGAAUCUUUGUUUGUUUUACAACACAGUUAUCCAGGUCAUUAACAAGAUGGUAAUAUUGAAUGUAUUAUUUGUGCAGUCUUCGAGGCUGCAAGACCAAGAUAUAUUGAGUUGAGAGACAGACAGACAGAGAGGGAGAGAGAGGGAGAAAGUGAGAGAAAGAGAGAGAGAGAAUGUAAGUCAGAGAGAGAGAGUGUGUGAUAGAGAGUGUGAGAGAGAGAAAGUGAGAGACAGAGUGUGUGUGUGAGAGAGAGAGAGAGAGAGAGAGAGAGAGAUGGGGGUGAGAGAGACAUGGACAGACAGAAAGAGAUAGAGACAGACAGAAGUGUGGAAGGGCUGGAGAGGAAAGAGAUAAUUAUACAGAUAUAUGUCGCUACAAGUCAAUAUAUUUGUAUGUAUGAGUCACAUGGAUUGAGGAAAAGACAAUGAUCCUUUAUGCAAGUCUAGGAUUUCACCAUUCUUCACUGAAGGCCUCUGUAUAAUCGUCUCCAAUUUCCUUAUCAUAUCCAAAGUCUAUGAGGUCUGCCAAAAUGAUGCACAGAACAUGGUCUUUGCACGCAGGUGUCUCUCAUAUAGAGCCAGAAUACAGAAGGCAAUCCAGUGAACCAUUAUUUACCAAACACAGUAAUUGUGUGUGUUAAAAUGAUGCACAGAACAUGGUCUUUGCACGCAGGUGUGUCUCAUAUAGAGCCAGAAUACAGAUAAAUCCAGUGAACCGUUAUUUACCAAACACAGUAAUUGUGUGUGUUAAAAUGAUGCACAGAACAUGGUCUUGCACGCAGGUGUCUCUCAUAUAGAGCCAAAAUGCAGAAGGCAUAUAAAUCCAGUGAACCGUUAUUUACCAAACACAGUAAUUGUGUGUAUUAAAAUGGUAUCUGAAAUUUUAGAAGUCAAAAUAUGGCUUCACUUUUGCUUGUGGCUAUACUGUUGGCCAUCUUGAAUUGUGGUCUUCCUGCUGAAAAUUCUCUAUUUGACAGCAGCCAUUUUUGUUAUGAGUAAUUUGAAUUAGAGUUACAAUAUAUUGUUCAGUUUGAACAUGACUUGCCCCUUCCAUGAGUUUUAGAUGAUUUGACUUAGAAUUCCUAGACCAUUGUGGUCAGGUUUAUUAGUAUGAUUGUUUGCUCUGCAGGAGAAUUGUCUAAUUCUCAAUGUGGUUUCCCUUUUUGCAUUAAAAGUAUUGGGUUUCUUAAUAUGAUUUCCCUGUUUGCACUAAAAAUAUCAUGUUUAUGAAUGUGAUUUCCAUGUCUGUAUUAAAAUUAUCGGGUUUACAUGUAUGAAUGCAAUUUUCCUUUCUGAAUUAAAAAUAUCGGGUUUGUAAAUGUGAUUUCCCUGUUUGAACAAACAUAUUGCAUUUAUGAAUGCAGUUUUUCUUUCUGCACAAACAUAUUGGGUUUAUGAAUGUGAUUCCCUGUUUGCACUAGUAAUGUCAGCUUUAUGAAUGUGAUUCCCUGUCUGCACUAGAAUUGUCAGGUUUAUGAAUGUGAUUCCCUGUUUGCACUAGAAAUGUCAGGUUUAUGAAUGUGAUUCCCUGUUUGCACUAGUAAUGUCAGCUUUAUGAAUGUGAUUCCCUGUCUGCACUAGUAAUGUCAGCUUUAUGAAUGUGAUUCCCUGUCUGCACUAGAAUUGUCAGGUUUAUGAAUGUGAUUCCCUGUCUAUACUAGAAAUGUCAGCUUUAUGAAUGUGAUUCCCUGUCUGCACUAGAAUUGUCAGGUUUAUGAAUGUGAUUCCCUGUCUGCACUAGAAAUGUCAGGUUUAUGAAUGUGAUUCCCUGUCUGCACUAGAAAUGUCAGGUUUAUGAAUGUGAUUCCCUGUUUGCACUAGAAUUGUCAGGUUUAUGAAUGUGAUUCCCUGUCUGCACUAGAAAUGUCAGGUUUAUGAAUGUGAUUCCCUGUCUGCACUAGAAUUGUCAGGUUUAUGAAUGUGAUUCCCUGUCUGCACUAGAAAUGUCAGGUUUAUGAAUGUGAUUCCCUGUCUGCACUAAAAAUGUCAGACUUAUGAAUGUGACUUCCAUAUUGGAAGUAAAAGCACCAACUAUUUGGAAACCUGGCUUGUAUAUUUGGUUUUUGGUCACCGUAUGUUGUCAUACCAGGAUAAUGUUCUUUUAGCAUGUGUACAUUGUAAUCAAAUGAUUUUGUGUGGAAUUUUAAGAAGAUAAAUCUGAUCAUAAUA